AAAGUUUCCAAAUCAACUCUUCUGACAUUCUUCAAACUCUUCUUCUUAUUCUUUCCCUUUUUUUUUUCUCUCAUUUCAAACAAAUACAUACAAGUAGAAGAAAAAAAAAAAUUACUCGCCGGUCGUCCGGCGACUUCUCCGAUCAAUUUCUCGGUGACUGUACAAAAAGUUAUAUAUUCAUUCAGUUUCUGGAGAGUUUUGUUACGGUGUUGAAUUCGUGUAUAUAGAAAUGGAUUUGAUAGAAGGUGUAGGGGAGAGUUCGUCACCGCCGAGGAGUUUUGGGAGCUGUGCAGUGUAUGAUAUAAAAAACGAUGUGUAUAACCGUCUUGUAGAGACUGGAAAUGCUGAGGCCGUUACUAAUCCGGAGCUGCUUCGUGAACAGUUGGAUUCUCACUUUGCUCGCUUGCCUGCUAGUUAUGGGUUGGAUAUUAAUGUGGAUAAAGCGGAAGAUGUGUUGUUGCAUCAGAAGAUUCUUGUUAGAGCAAAAGAACCCGAUAACCGGCCUGUUUAUCAUGUCCGAUUUUUAGAGAAUUAUUGGACUAGAUUUGAUGAUGCAGAGGGUCAGGAUGACUUCAAUGAUUUUCCGAUUUCAAAGGCAGGUGGCAGCUUAAAUGAUGAAGGGAUAAGGAAGGGUAUGAAUGACUUUGAAACUUGCUCUAAGCUUGAGGACCUGAAUUUGGAUGUUAGAAAGAAUUUUAAUGACAAAGAAGAAAUUCUAGCGGAAGAUUCUAGCCGAAGGCAUGAAGUUUCACGUAUUCUAGUCCAUGAAGUUAUCUUUUCCACCAUUGACAAACCCAAGCUUCUUAGUCAGCUCUCUGCUUUACUUUCUGACAUAGGGCUUAAUAUCCGAGAAGCUCAUGUUUUCUCAACAACUGAUGGGUACUCAUUAGAUGUAUUUGUGGUGGAUGGAUGGCCUGUUGAGGAUACAAAGGCUUUGCAUGAAGAAUUGGGGAAAGCGAUUGCCAGAAGUGAGGGAACGUGGUCUGGUUCAUCUCAUUCUAGGUCAGCUGCUGAAAAAGUUAUAGUUGCACGAUUAAAACCUGAGGACUGGGAAAUUGAUAGAAGAUUACUGAAGAUUGGAGAAAGAAUUGCAUCAGGAUCUUGUGGCGAUUUGUAUCGUGGGAUGUAUCUUGGUGUGGAUGUUGCAAUCAAGGUCCUUAGAUCUGAGCAUUUGAAUGACACAUUGGAAGAUGAGUUCGCUCAAGAAAUAGCAAUUUUGAAGCAAGUUCAGCACAGAAAUGUUGUUCGUUUCAUUGGUGCAUGCACAAAUUCGCCUCAUUUGUGUAUUAUUACAGGUAUGCUUCUUUCUGGGACAAAAGUUGCAUGGUUUCUUCGAAACUGUUAUCAUAGUCAUGUCAUGGCUGUUUGGCUGUCUUUAUCUAUAAAAUCGAAGUUGCAGAUUCUCCACUGUCUGGUAGUAAACUGAAGAGUGGUGUUUGGU